UGAGGAUGCAGCGAUGGCAGGCGGUGGUAUCAAAUAUUUUCUAAAAUACGAUGGGUUCUAUUAGAAAACUAUUAUUCCAAAGUGUGAAAAAUCCCUUGCGAGCUGGUGUACAACUAGCAAAAGGUCGUAGUGCUGUAGUGACGAAGCGUAAACGCGAGGAAACAGUGUUCUCAUGAAAGACAAAGUGGUGUCCAGAAAAACCAAAAGAACUCCUGGAUUUUAAGCUUUUCGAGGGACCAGACGACUAGCGCCAUGUCAGGCACCGCUGGUUCAAGCAGCGCCCUCGGUGGGCUCGGGGGCUCCUUAGAGGACAAAGACUGCGAGCUGUUGUGUCCUGUCUGCUUUGAGCUGAUCGAUGAGGCCUAUGUGACUAGAUGUGGACACUCGUUCUGCUACGCUUGCAUUGCCAAGAGCGUUGAACAACAUAGACGGUGUCCAAAAUGCGGCGCAGCGGUAGCAAGCCGGGACCACAUGUUCCCAAACUUUAUGCUCAACGAGUUGGUCGCGCGGCGGAGGCUUCGGGCCGCUCGGCCUCCGUCGCAGGCCUCCGAAGGGGGUGAUGCGGCUAGACUCAGAGCGUUGCUAGCGGCGGAGAGCGCUAGGUUGGCUAUGCCUGACGUCGAGCUUAUGUUAGAGGUGUUAACCCGCCGGAAGCGUCUACUAGAAGCGGAAUCAGCCGCCGCUCACCACCGUCUCCUUUACGAGUUCCUCGCGCAGCUUCACCGGCAUCGCCAGCAACAGUUGCAACAGCUGGCCCGCGAGGCGGCGCUGGUGCAGGCCGAUAUGGAACACGUGGCUGAGACUCUGAAGGAUUUGAAAGCGGGUGCAGCUGGCCUGGCGUCAUUCCCUUCGGAGGAUGGGGAAUUGGGACCCGCGUCUGAUGCUGUCAAAGCUUUGAGAAAGGAGUUAACGGAGCUGGCUGGUUCAGUUUCGGACAGCGCGGCGGCGCCACCGUCGCCGGACGACGAAGAAGGGUUCGCCGGCGCCGCGGGAGAGAACCCACUACACAACAGCACGUUCAACAGAUGGCGCCGCCUAGUGGCGCACUUCGAAGACUUCGUGCAGUGCUACUUCGCGCACAGAGCGGACGAGCUGUACUUCCCCGCGCCCGCUACCUCGUCCGCUCCGCUUAUGACGUCCGCUCCUUCUGUCACAACUGUGGCUUCUGUAACUACAGUGGCCGCGCACGAUGAUCAAGUUCCGGACAACGAUCCAACUUCGGCGAUAAAGCCUUCCUUCAUAAACGGCGACCAGCGGCUCCCAGAAAGCUCCCCCACCGAGGCGCCCCGCGCGCCCCCCGCGCCCUCCCCCUCCGCCACGCUGAGCAAGGGGGAGGGCGGCAGUGGGGGGCUGGACGCCUUCAGGGAGGACCUCGUCGCCUUCACUAGAUACAGAGCGCUGAGGCCGCUAGCGACGCUAUCAUAUUCCAGCGAUGCUAUUAAUUAUUCAACUAUAGUGUCUACAAUAGAAUUCGAUAAAGAUGAAGAGUUUUUCGCGAUCGCCGGCGUAACGAAGCGCAUCAAAGUGUUCGAAUACGAGGCGGUUGUUCGCGACGCUGUCGACGUCCACUACCCUUGCGCGGAGAUGCAGUGCGCGCAUAAGAUUAGCUGCGUGUCGUGGAACGCGUACCAUAAGAACGUGCUAGCGUCAGCGGACUACGAAGGCACAGUGGCGGUGUGGGACGCGGGUACCGGGCAGCGCACGCGCGCGUUACUUGAGCACGACAAGCGCUGCUGGUCCGUGCACUUCAACCGAGCUGACGUGCGGCUAUUAGCUAGCGGGUCGGACGACGCGCGCGUCAAGCUGUGGGCGCUUAAUGCUGAGAGAUCUGUAGCGACGCUAGAGGCGCGUUUCAACGUGUGUUGCGUGCGUUUCAACCCGCGCUCGUCCUGCCACCUGGCGUUUGGCUCCGCGGACCACUGCGUGCAUUAUUACGACCUGAGAGCUCCCAGGGCUCCACUGGCCGUCUUCAGGGACCACAGGAAAGCGGUCUCGUACGUGAAGUUCCUCGAUGCGCGAACACUGGUGUCCGCAUCUACAGACUCACAACUAAAACUAUGGAAGUCGAGCGGGCGUUACGUAGCCUGCGGGUCUGAGAACAACGCGCUGUACGUGUACUACGCGGGCCUGUCCAAGCCGCUACUGGCGCAUCGGGCUCCGACGGAGUCGAGCGGGCGUUACGUAGCCUGCGGGUCUGAGAACAACGCGCUGUACGUGUACUACGCGGGCCUGUCCAAGCCGCUACUGGCGCAUCGGUUUGACGCUGUCAGAGGAUUCCUAGAGAGAGGUGGGUGUAGUGAACCUUCGUGGAUGUCAGCUGCUACUUCGUUGAUUAAGGGCCAGUUGCAUUAA